AUGCCACAGGAAACCUGGUUGCCCUCCUGGGGGGUUCUAGGGUCGUCCGCCUUACUCUCUUCCCUCCCCUCGAAAUUCAAGGGAGACUUUAUGAAGGAACUUUGCGAAGCUCCGCGAGAACCUGCAGAGGCCAGUCCAGCGCGUUCAGUGCUGCGUAUUAGGAAGCUGCUGGAAGAGGCUAGAGACGAAGACAUUCGUAGAUUCGGAGUAGAGACACACGCUAGGGCACCCGGGUACGCUUAUCAGUAUCCCCCAGGGGCCUACAAGCUAAGGGAGGAAGACACCCCAGUCCGCAAGCCAGGAGCAAGAGAUUAUUUGGCCGCCCCUCCCCUGACGCCUCAUGGAUUUGCUCCGAGGUGGGGGCAUGGCCCCUUCAAGAAGGAAGGCUCACAGACACGUUCCAGGUAUACUGCUUGCCCCCGUGUGCUUGCCGCUUCUAUGCCUCGCACCUCUGCCCCUCAGAAGAAGCUCGAACCUGCCCUGGAGGAGCUUUGGGCGGCCGCUUGUAGGGAAGGGCAGGCGAAGACUCGCGGAAAGCAGCGCCCUCCAACCAAGCCUCUUCUCAAUAUGAAUGCCGUGGCGUCCUCGCUCCCAGACAGAGCUUCGCAGGCGCUCACGCGUCAGGCGGAGCGCGUGGAAGAGCUGCAGAGUAGAGAGGCCCUUUCCUCCAGAGCUUCGUCUUCUGUGGGUGAGCCUUGGGAGUCUCUGCCGCUGGAGCCGUUUGAGGCUUUAAGCGAAGACGAGUUCUUGAGGGGGCCUGGGCAGCCUCUCCUAACCGCAGCAGAAAAGCACCACUUGCGAUACUUCGGACUAGACUUCAAGGAAAGGAAGAGCUUCACGCGCAGGAGGCACUGGGGACCUCAAGAACGGGAGCGGUGGCAGCGAUCCAAAAGACUCAGGCACCUGAUCAAGACUCAGCAGGUCGUCUUUCGACGAGACCUCUUGCAACAGACGUUUGAAGAUGACUACUUGCGGUAUACAGGCAAACCCUACAGAGCCAGCUCCGCUUCCCGCCGCUUCUUACCGGCGUCCUUCCACCAGCCCUUCUGCGGAUGUGGCUGUGCAGCCUUGGAAAGAUCCCCUUUUGCUCCGGAAACACCACAGGGCCAGGAGGGUAGCUCGUCGGGGAUCGAGUUCACUGGAGGAUCGCCGGCAGGGAUUGUGAGCCAUCGAGAGCCAAACGGCGUUGCUUCUCAGCUCGAAGGCGCCUCUAGAAUUGCCAAAGAUCCCGUUUUAGCAGCAAGCCUCGCCGUCAAGCAGUGGCUCCCGACUGUGGCGGGCUUAGGAGGAAAGCCUUUGCGUCGAGAGCAUGCGUCGGAGGCUUCGUCGCAAGGCCAGAUGGUCGAGGCACGAGCUGACGCCUUGGCGGAGUUAGUCCGCCUCUACGAGGCUGCUCACGGGAACCUCCCAAGCCUCUUCGCUGGACCUCGCAGAAUCGAGCGCAAGAAGCACCCGAAAGACACGAAAGUAUCCUUUGGACGCCUCAAAGAGUAUGGUGCCAUCGUUGUCGAGAUCACCUCAUGCAAGACGCUGAAACAGGAGGUAGACGAGAGUCUGUACAGGGGAUGGUCAGAACGCCCUCGCGAACAGAUCCGGCACAUGGCCCCCCCCAAGGGUGUGCGCACCAACCCCAACUACAAUGUGACGCUCGAGAAACUGCAGGCGGCUGCGAUAAAGCUGCAUGCCGAUAUAAUACCAGACAGUCAGAAGUUUCAGGCUCUCGAGAGAAGGAAGCGCGCGCAAGUGGAAGAGCCAGCCCGCAUUCUCGGGGGGGGCCGAUACGCCGUUUAG